AUGGCAGCCGCCGCCUACGUCGACCACUUCGCCGCCGAGUGCCUCGUGUCCAUGUCCAGCCGCGCCGUGGUGCACGGGCCGCGCGCGGGGGCGCCGCCGGGGCCGGAGCCGGGCCCCGAGGGCGCGGUCCCCGCCGCCUCCACGUCCGUCUCCGCCGUCUCCGCCGCCGCCGAGGAGCCGCGCCGCGACGGCAAGGACCGCGCCUCGCUCUUCGUGGUGGCGCGCAUCCUGGCGGACCUCAACCAGCAGCCGCCCGCGCCCCCCGGGACCGGGGAGGACCGCCGGGGGGACCGCCGCCGGGAGGGGGGCGCCGGGGCCGGGGCCCGCAAGGCGCGCACCCCGUGCCGCCUGCCGCCCGCCGCGCCCCCGGCCUCGCCCCCGGCCGCCCCGGCCUCCCCGGAGCGCGCCUGCCCCGCCGCGCCCCCGAGCCCCGCGUGGAGCGAUCCCGAGGAUCUUGGGGAUCCCCAGGAGCCACAGGAGCCCCCGGAGCCCCGGGAGGCGGGUGUGGAGCCCCAGGAGCCCGGCCCCAGACAAAGGGGCCGGCGGGCCCGCAGCCGCGCCGACCCGGAGUCGCCGCCGCGGCGGCACAAGUGCCACUACGCGGGCUGCGAGAAGGUCUACGGCAAGUCCUCGCACCUCAAGGCGCACCUGAGGACGCACACAGGAGAGCGGCCCUUCGCCUGCGGCUGGCCCGCCUGCAGCAAGCGGUUCGCGCGCUCGGACGAGCUGGCGCGCCACCACCGCACGCACACGGGCGAGAAGCGCUUCGGCUGCCCGCUGUGCGGCAAGCGCUUCAUGCGCAGCGACCACCUCACCAAGCACGCGCGCCGCCACGCCGGCUUCCACGCGGGGCUGCUGCCGCGCCGCGGCGGGGGGUGCGGCUCCGGGGGCUCCCGCCCCGGCUCGCUCAGCGACCACAGCCGCUCCGACGCCAGCAGCCCGCCCGCCAGCCCGGCCAGCCCGCCCUGA